GUGCCCUACAUGACCCCAACAAUUGAAGAUCUCGAAAUAGCAGAGUCUCCAUUUAUUACCAAAUGUUCGGUAGAUAAAUUCAAUACCGGGAAUUUCAGUCAGGUGCCGAUCAUGAUGGGAAAUACGCACACAGAAACAGUGUCAUAUAUCGGAUUCAGUAAACUUUUCCGGGAGGGAAUCAUCAACGGCUGUCUCGAAUGCAUGAGAGAAUAUCCCGAUUUGCAGAAUACGGAACAGGUUAAAUUUUUAUAUGACGCUAAGGUUCGCAGUAAAAACAAUGACUCGUUUACUGAUGACGAGCUUAACCAAAUAUCCAACGUAACGUCCGACAUAUCAUUCAAUGACGGGAUAGAUCGGACCCAGAAAUUCCUGGCGGCAAGUUCGGCGCCAGUUUAUUACUAUCGCAAUUCAUUCGAUUACCCGACAUGCAUUCAUAGAAUCAUGGGUAACAAACUAGAUGGCGUUGGGCACGGCGACGACAUUCCGCAAAUAUUUUGGGUGCCACAAAGAUACCAAUCACUUGAUCUGAACAGUGACAUCGGAAUCCAGCGACAGAAAAUGGUUAGAAUGUGGAGCAACUUUGCUAAGUACGGUAAUCCGACGCCCAAAGGAACGUCAGAUCAGCUUUUGAAUAUAAAAUGGCCAGCAUCUGGAUCCGAGGGCACGUGUUUGGAGAUCGAUAGCAGACUUACUGUUGGAUCCCGACCGACUGAUGAUUUUGUAAAAUAUAUCCAAAGUGUAAAAGAGCCAUUGCUCAGAAAUGAAAACGGAUGUCAAUAACAAUUUUUCAUUGAUGUCAAAAAAAAAAUAACUAAAGCUAAAAAUAAAAUUUUACCAUUACAAUUAA